AAUCUCGGUCCGGGCCCCACACGCUCAGUCUCCGCUCAACCUGAGGCAGAGCUUGCCGCGCUCACCGAGCACACACGCGCACACCGGCGCUCCGAGGACCCAUAACUGCUCUGUUCUCCCCUUUUCCUCCAGGAGCUCUUCACCAUGACGCCCCUCAGCAGCGCCUGCGUCCUCCUGCCUGUUGCUCUCCACCUCCUGCUGGUGCCCAGCCCCGGGUCUGCUGCUGCUCGGAGAUGCGGCUCCAUCUACAAGGGCUUUGCUGAGUGUCUGGUGGCCCUGGGAGACAGUCUGUCUGUCAGCAGCCAAAAAGACGACGACACGCAAGAAAUCGACUCCAUCUGCAGGUCUUGGGACAAUUUCCAUGACUGUGCAAACUUGGCCAUGGCUGGCUGUCCUGAAGAGGCAGCUGCCGUGUGGCAGUCGCUGAGACAAGAGUCCAAAAAGAUGCAGUUUUCCGGUAACUUGUACGACAUGUGCUCCAGCCGCAGCCAAUCAGCAACCACCACCAGGGCCCAGAACGCGGACAAGGCCAAUCAGGAGUCUCUGAAAGGACAUGCCAAUCAUAUAAGCCCAGCUCACAGCAUCUUUCUUCUCUCUUGCUUGUGUUUACUGCUCAUCUAUCCAUGGAUAUAAGCCAAGUCUUUCUCCUUACAGAGACUUACAGAGUAGAGCGAACAUCAAAGAAGCAUUGAUGGACUGGCGUUUGACGCUGACACUUGUGUAAAGAUCACAUGCUGUAAAUAAUAUGAUUUUGUUUUUUCCCACAUGCCAGCAAACACAUACACACGUAUACACAUACAAAUGCAAAAUUAAUUUCAGAUGAACAAGUACUUCCCUCGCAGCCAGAUGAGAAUCCUCCAGGGAGAUGCAGCAUGUGCGGAAUAGCAAUUCCAAGCGCUGUUUACAGUAUCUGAAAACCCACAGUGUUGUAGACUUGCAGGCGAAAGCCUCAGCUCUCUUAGCUCAAACACCUACAACCCUCUUAAGGCCAAAUUAAACUGCUAACAAUACGGGCCGCUAGCUGGAGAAGCCGGAAUCUCUGAAGAUGAAAUUAAGUAGCUGCAAAACAUGCAGGGCUGCAGGAGGCAAAGCAGCAUAAAGAAGCCCUGCCAAAACCCGUUAUUUAUUUUUCCGAGAGGAUUAUCAGAGGGGAUCACUCAGAAUAAAAUUAACCCAAAGCAAUAGAACGCACCUGCAAACAAGGCUGGGGAAAACCGCUGAGGGUUUCUGAAGUUCACAUUUUCGGCUCAGUUUUGCAAGCUUGCUUUGUAAUGACUGCCAUCUGCAAAAAUUCAUUUUUGCCAUUUUUAUACUAAAUAGCAAUAUACAGUACUGUGCAAAAAUCAGAGACCACCAUUCAUUUAUUGAAUUUCAAUCUAAACAGUCAAUAAGUACAAGCUAUUCAUUGUUGUGAGGAGAUAUUUCAGAUUAGAUUAUAUAAGAUUAUAUAAGAUAUUAUACUUGCAUUAUGAAGGGGAAAGUCAAAGAAAAAACUGGAGCUAAAAAAAUUAAAAGAUACAGAGAAAAUGGGACAACUAACAACACUACAACACCUGGUACACCAACAAAACUAUCACCAUCAGAUGAAUAAAAAUAAAAGUUUUCAUCUUUGAGAGAGAGGAAAAAUCAAGCUGCUCUCUUACUUCAGAUCUAAAAAAUCCACAGAUUUUUCUGUCCAUCCUUCCACUGUGAGAAGACA